AUGAGCGUCCAACUCCCCCCAGCGACACACCGCAAGCGCGCCCUGCCCCAAGGCGAACUCGAAGCCGCAUCGACCCUUAGACUCGGCGCGGACCAGAACACGCAUACCCUCUCGCUAUCGGAAGCGCGACUGGUCAUCAACAAGGUAUUGGAGAAUAAGCGACGAGGGGGGAAGAAAUAUGAGGAGCCGGAGAACCUGACAAAGACAAUGCACUAUCUGGAAGCGUUCGCGCGAUUCAAGGAUGAGGAGAAUAUUAAGGCUGUUGAGCGGUUGUUGAAUUCACAUACGGAGUUGGAGAUGUUUGAGCGGUCCCAGUUGGGGAGUCUGUGCUGCGAUAAUGCAGAGGAAGCCAAGUCGUUAAUCCCAAGUCUGCAGAAUAAGAUCACCGAUGGGGAUUUGCAGGAGCUGUUGGAUGAGUUGACCAAGCUGCGGAACUUUACGGAGUAG